GGCCUCGCCUUCCCGGGAGCACUUCCGGGUCAAGCCGCUCGGGCCGGGAAAGGCUUGGGGCCGCUCUGGUUGGUCUUCUCUCACAUGUUUUCAUCUUGAAGACUUCAAAAUACAUUUGGAUCUACUCCUUUUUUGGAAAACUCCAAUACCAAGCAGUAAAUUACACACUGUACUCUUGCUAUAGUAUAGAAGCUUUUGAGUUCUCCAGAGCUGAACAAGAUUGUCUCCCUAUUCCCAUGAAGCCACAUUGUUGUUUAUUCACUUUAGUGGUGGGUGUUACUAUGCCGGCUGCUUUUGUUUUGGAAGAUGGAGGAUUCAACCAAAUGGACCCACUGGGAGCAAAUCAUAGUUCUUUCAAUGUAUCAUUUCCCCCAAGCUUUGAACUCUCAGCAGGCUCCCACUCAGGUGAUGAUGUCAUCAUAGCCAAAGAGGGAGCUAGUGUUUCAAUCGAGUGUCUUCUCACCGUUGACCACUUUGAAGAUGUCCAUUGGCACAACUCAAAAGGACAGCAACUGGAUGACAGAGGCAGAGGUGGAAAGUGGUUGGUUUCUGAUAACUUCCUGAAUAUCACCAACGUAGCCUUUGAUGACCGUGGGCUCUAUACAUGUUUCGUCACCUCUCCGAUUCAUGCCUCCUACUCCGUCACCUUGCGUGUUAUCUUUACCUCAGGAGAAGACAUGAGUGUCUACUACAUGAUUGUUUGCCUGAUUGCCUUUACGAUCACUCUCAUCUUGAAUGUCACCCGGCUCUGCAUGAUGAGCAGCCAUCUCCGUAAGACCGAAAAGGCUAUCAAUGAAUUCUUCAGAACUGAAGGGGCUGAGAAACUUCAGAAGGCCUUUGAGAUUGCAAAACGCAUUCCCAUCAUCACCUCGGCCAAGACUCUGGAGCUCGCCAAAGUAACGCAAUUUAAAACGAUGGAGUUUGCUCGUUACAUAGAAGAACUGGCACGAAGCGUCCCUCUCCCACCCCUUAUUCUAAACUGCAGGGCCUUUGUUGAGGAGAUGUUUGAGGCUGUGCGAAUGGAUGACCCUGAUGACAUGGGAGAAAGAAUUAAAGAGAGACCUGCCUUGGAUGCUCAAGGUGCCAUCUACAUCAUCAACCCAGAGAUGGGGCGGAGCAAUUCACCAGGAGGAGAUUCAGAUGAUGGUUCUCUGAAUGAACAAGGCCAGGAGAUAGCAGUUCAGGUUUCUGUUCACCUUCAGUCAGAGACCAAAAGUAUUGGUACAGAUUCUCAAGACAGCAGUCAUUUAAGCCCACCUGAUGAUAUGGGAUCUGCCGAGUCGAACUCUAACUACAAAGAUGGGGCCUAUGAAAACUGCCAGCUCUGAGCUCUCCCAGAAGCUCUACAAAAACUGCUCUCAGAAUAGAAACGUGUUUCAUGCAGGAAAUAACAUUUUUAUCAAGAGAUGACUGGGGUUUUUCCCCUGUUCAAAUUAAGCACAUCAAAAUGUGCAUUAUUGCCAAAAUCUUUGUAAAAAUGCAGCGUUUUUCCUAUCUGAUAUUUCUGUCUUUUUCCUCAAGCUUGAGUAGAUGAUAUGCAUUAUGAUUUAAAGGAGCCUGAGAGAUUAAGUAAUGGGGAAAGUACUGCACUAAGAGUUCCAUGGCUUCUCUUCUAGUCAUGGUUCUUCCACUGGUUAGGGCUGACCCGCAUCUCAAGGCCUCUGUUUUCCCACCAAUAAGGUGAGAUAUUUGCAUUAAGUAAUAUCUAAAGGUUUUUCUAGCCUUAUAACUUCUUAUCCAUCACCUUUAAUCCACUGAAAUCUUUAGCACAUCCCUAAAUAAGCACGUCUCUGGACUUUUAGUCCCUUUUUAUGGAAAGGACCAAGCUGAGACUGUUCUGUGGUUUAGGUUUCCACACCAGUGCCGUAGUACAUAAAGGUGUGGGUGAGUUUCAGAUAUUUUGGCUUGUGGAGUGUGCAAUUGCAUGUGCUAGAUUGACUCUUUUCAGUGUAGCCCAUGUCUGUAUUGUUACACAGACAUCAGGGAGCUUACUGCUCGUUAGUAAAGUACUUUCCAUGAGUAAAUUGGUCCUUCGGGAGAUGUAUCAUGUCUUUCUAACUUACUGAGGUGUCAUUGCACUGGCAGUGAUUUCUCAAUUAAUCUCCAAAAGUGAGCAGUUUGUUUCUAAGGAAUAGUGUCUUCAAUGCUUUUAGAAUAAGAAAUAAUGUGAAAUCAUCUGUCUCUGGUAAAUCAUGGAUUUUGACAUUUCUGUUACGAGAAUUUCUCAGGCUUUCCCUUUUUGAAAGUACUAGACUCGACAGUAGGGUUCUGUGUUUGGGAUCCCUUCCUGGGGAAAACCCAGAACUGGAUUCCUCUUCAGACCUCUAUCAACCUUCUUGCCCUCUGUGGUCUUAAAUAUGGUGCUAACGGUUGCAUGCAUGCUUCCUUAUCUUGUUUGUUUUGUGUAUAUUUUAUUGUUGAGGUUUUUAUUUUUGUGUACUUCAGAUAAAGAAUUGAGCUAGGGCUGCUUUUGUAGCCUUUCUGGGGUGUACUAACCUGAAAUAAGAUUAGGUAAUGGUGUGUGGUAUAUGUUACUAUAUUAAAUAUAUUAAGUAGAUAUGCACAUAUAGAUGUAUAUACACAUACAUACAAGUGAUCAAGACAUAAAGACGGAAAAAAAUUAUGGAUGAUGCCACCUGAUUCAACUGUGUGUGAUAAACACUUAAGAGACUGUUUCUUGUCUGGCUGAGAUCUGAUAUAAUGGAUUGUAAAUACUCUUCAGAACAAUUUCUUUAGCUACAGGAAGCUUGGUGUAACAUAAUUUUAAGAACUUGGCGGUGGAGCUCCAUUUGGUACUUCACGCUUCUUCAUUUGGUUUCUGAUUACUGAAGCAUUUGAACUAGCGGGUCCUGAGGGAAAUAUUCAAAGGAGGUUUUAUCAAGAUUUUAAUUUAAGGUUUCAAAUGGAAGAAGGUAGGAAAUUCAAAGUGUGACCAGAUAGAACUCAUGCCUCCCUUUGUCCAGGCUUAUCAGAAAUAAUACAUCUGCUCUGGAGAGCAUGAAUGAAUCAAUGUGCACUUUUAUCGGAUGGCAUUAUAGAUAAAUAUGAUAAUGCUGCCUUUUCUGUCUCUCAGGCUGUUUCCAUGGAAACCUUCAGAGCCAAACAAAAGCUACCAAUCACUUAGCCAAAGCUUGCCUUGGCUCAUAGACCUGCAUUUCUUUAAGGAAAACUGCUUUCAUACAUUUGGCUAUGAGAGCAAGGGCUCUUGAACGUACCCUAGAUUAUAGAACACUUUUUUCUUCCCAGAAUGUUUUCUUAAAAAAUUUAACGCUUUUUAAAAUCCCUUGUUUGAGUUCUAUCCCCUGAACAUUCCUCAGAUCUUCAGAUAGUGCCCCCAAUCCUGUACCAAUUUAGCAGCUCUGGGGUCAUAUUAAAAAGAAUGAAUUUACUCAACAUGUUCUCAUAAUGGACAUGAGUGUUUGGAACCCUAAGGUAGACAUAUUUAAUGAUCAAAGUCAUGGGAAACAGGACUUCGUAAAAAUACAGGAAAUAUUGAAAAAAACUCUAAGUUUAGGCAAUACUGUAUAAUAAUUAAGUCUGGGCUACUCGAGUGUAUCCUGGAUAAGUUAUUUUAGAAACAUAAUGGUGACUUAAUUUGGUGGCCAAAGUAACUGGUUUGCUUUGAAUAUUCCAGGUGUCAUCGAUAAGGAAUUAAAGUAGGUCAAAAUUUAAUCAGAGUUGGUAUUUCUAAAGCUAGUUUUCAAGAGGAAGGAAAUCACACUUACUGAUAUUUUCUGUAUCUAAUCAAAGGCUCCAUAUAUAAUUAAUAGUCUCACAUUAUCUUUUUGUAAAAUCUUUAGCCUUUUGAACUGUAGUCUAAAAGUCUUUUGAUAAUAACUCUGGUGUAAUUAUCCUUUUGUCUCAUUGGGUUUUAUAGUUAGUGACAAUGCCUUUACUCAAUAAGAUGUAUUUGAAAUAUUUAUCUCAUUUAUAAAUUUUGUCUUGUAUUUAAUGAACCUUAUUGUCUUUAUGAAAUGGUGGCUUUGUGAAACAAAUUUUCCAAAAAUAGACAUGUAAGCAUUUUUAUAGAUAUUUUACCAGCUGAAACCAGACAGACAGGCAUCUUUUAAGCUGAUAAGCUGCAUCUAUUAUGAUGGCUGAAUUCUUAAGUCAGGCCAGUGAGCAUUUGUAUUUCCUGCCAACUACCUUGAUAUAAACAUCUUGGGAGUUGCUGACCUGGAAUGGUUGUGAGAAGGCCCCUGGCUUCUUUGCUUCACUUCAUAUGUAUUUUAAAGUCAAAGCACACAGCUUUCCCUCAGUCCUCCAGCCUCAGUGAAGCCCUUGGUACAGUCCCCUCUACACCCUGCAUGCUGUCUCACCCUGGAUUAGACUUUGUCUCCUGUGUCCCCGGGUGGCGUGGGAACACAGCAUGCUUGUUUCCCAGAGUCCAACCAGUCCUGGGUGCUAGCCUUGUCUCCACACACCAGCAGUUGUAACACAAGUAGGUCAUAUUUCACGAAUCACCAGUAAGAGAACACAAUCUUUUCUCAUCUAAGCCAAUAAGGUUGAAAAUGCUCAGUCUUAUACAUAAACUCAGGUUCUCAACACAUUUCAUAAAAUGAGUAUUAUUUGGUAUCAUUCAGAUGAUGUUUAAAUGGCCACCAUUUUAAUGAGUACUUAUAUCAUAAUGCUGUCCUUUUUAAAAAAAUGUCAUCCUCAAAUGUAAACUAUUAAAUGUUUAAUGUAUUCUA